GCCGGGCCGGGCCGCCAUGUGGGUGUUCGGCUACGGCUCCCUCAUCUGGAAGGUGGAUUUCCCCUACCAGGAGAAGCUGGUGGGGAGCAUCCGCGGCUACAGCCGGCGCUUCUGGCAGGGCAGCACCGACCACCGCGGGGUGCCGGGCAAGCCUGGAAGAGUUGUGACCCUGGUUGAAGAUGCUGAGGGCUGCGUGUGGGGCGUCGCCUACCGGCUGCCAGCCGGGAAGGAAGGAGAGGUGAAGGCCUACCUGGAUUUCCGGGAGAAGGGCGGCUACAGGACCACCACGGUGAUCUUCUACCCCAAGGACGCGUCGGUGCAGCCCUUCGACGUGCUGCUCUACAUCGGCACCCGCGACAACCCCAACUACCUGGGCCCCGCGCCGCUCGAGGACAUCGCGCGCCAGAUCCUCGGCGCCGCCGGGCCCAGCGGCCGGAACACCGAGUACCUGUUCGAGCUGGCCAACUCCAUCAGGAACCUCGUGCCCGAGGACGUGGACGAGCACCUCUUCUCCUUAGAGACACUGGUCAAGGAGCUCUUGAGCAAGCACCAAAAUCUCAACUGUCUGUGAAGUGACCUCGUAACACGCCUGGUUCUGGUGUUCUGACCCCCGGGAGGAAUGCUCCUCCAUUGUGCUGGCCUAAUUAGUGCUGCAUAUCUUAAUUAAUGCUGCGUUCAGAAUAGGAGUUGGUUACUUGAAACUGCCAAAAUCAUUCUCCCAUUCUUUCUCAAGAAAGGAGAGCAACAAAAAUCUUCUAAGUUCAAAUUGGUAUCUCAGCUUUUCAUCCAAAACUACACCUCAAGACAACCACCUAAACUUCUCUUUAUGUUUCAUUAUUAUUUCAGGUUUAAAAUACAUCUUUAGAAUAUUUUUGAGAUCAAAAUCAGCAUGGAGAGACAAGUUCCUUAGAUUUAAGUGAUAGUUUGUUCUGAUCCCAGACCACAGUGCAGGAAUUUUAAGUGGUUGGCCUAAAUUGUGUAGUAGAACAUUUAUAUCAACAUUCAACUCCUCUGAAAUAAAGUUAAGCUACUGAAUUAGUCAUCUCACCCUUUAUAUGUUAAUUUAUCCUUAAAUGCAGAGGAUAAACCAUUUUAUUGUAAAGGAGAUCAUUCCUUCCCUUGGCUGCUGAUGUCAAGCCCUGAAAAACCAAAGCUCUGGGCGCUCUGACUCAAACAAGCCAUAACCUGUCAGUGCCUCAUUUUAAUUUUUAAUCCUAACAUAAUAUAAAGAAGAACCCCAAAACAUUAAAAUUAACUAAGAGCAUGACUUGAAGUCACAACACAGCAAGAAGAGAAACUUUCAUCUCUGUUACUUCAGAUGCUGUUGUGGUCCUCAUCUCUUCAAAGAUCCCAGCUGCAAGGAUAGAUUUUAGUUUCAAGGAUUCACCAACAGAAGGAACCCUCUGGGAGGUUCCCAAAGACAAAAUUAAGGAAGGAACCCUCUCUCCAGCUACCUUAGGGAUUGUUUGGACAUCCCAAGAAGGUUGGGAAGCCCCAGUUUAGGCUGGUAGGCUUCCUGAUGCAGUCCGUCCCAACAUGGACUUGUCUUGCUCCUCAAAACUUUAUUUUUAUUAACUUUUAACCGAGUAUAUUUUUAUAUAUUAAUAUAAAAGGUCCUGUUUCAAACACCAUGUAACAUCCUGUUUUCCUGUCCAGGGAAUGUGUAAGUGUUUAGUAGCAGCCUGGCAGCCUGGAUUCUGCAUCAGUAAUUGCAAAAAAAGUGUGGUUUUCCCCUAAAAAGUUUGACCCUUUCUGUCCUUUACAUCUUCCUGGUUUAUAUUUGUGAAGGUAAAAGUGUUCAGUGGCAUUCUCUGCUUUCUUGAAAAUUCUUUUUAAAUUUAAAAAUUCUUUCCUCAAAGACUUAUCCUUGUUCCUUAAAAGAGGGCAGGGGAUUCAGAACCAUCAGGGCUGAUCCUCCCUUUAAAAUGCUAAUUAUUUAAGUACUGUGAUUCUGUGUAGCUCCACAUUCUCUGUCUUUGCCUCCAAGAUUUUGUUGGUUCUUUGCUUCUUAAAUGCAUAAACCAUUGCAAUAAUACACGUUCCUGUGUAUGACUUCAGUGCAAUAAAAAAGCAUUACAAUGAC